AUGGAGGGGCUUUAUACCCCUGGAGGACAGUACCCAGGUGCACAGGUGGUGCUCCACAUCCCAGUUGCAGCUCCGCAGCAGCCGGACGGACUGGCCACCGUGGUGGAGGAGUCUCCGCAGGCUGUCACCGGCGAAAGCCCGUCGCCGCAGGCGGCCUCGAGUCCGGGAUCGUCGUUGGCUGCUGGUGCUAGCCCUGCAGCUUGUGCGCAGGAUUCCGAGUGCUCGGCCAAAGAGGAGUCUGUUCGCACGCGCGAGGGUGGCCUUGACGAGGACGCUGAAUCCGCGGCAGUCUGCCAAGAAACAGAUGCCGCAGGCCUCAAUCUUGCUCUGGAUGGUCUGGCUUCGCAAACAAGGGCGGAUGUUCGGGAAGGACGGACAAGACGGGCCGCUAAGCCCACUGAUUGUGGGUGCUUCGACUUCCUGUCACUGGCCAACAGCUUCCAUCUCCGCUGA